AGGCCACAGAGCGAAUAGGACGGCCAGCCCUCGCCGUGCCCAUCACCAUGCGGCCUUGCCUUCCUUCCGACGGCCACAGCAUGCCUGGUCUUGCAGGGGUGCUACCGUUUCCUCUCGCAAAUGGCUUGCGUGUGAGGUGACCAACACGGCCUACAAGCCCCAACGUGUGAACAACCGGCCUCGGUCGUCCAGAAGGAUUCGUCGUACCGCACGCUGGAGCCGCUGGAGGCUUUGAGGCGUUCAGGCUCCCCAUCGACGUUCGAACGGUGUGAAGCAUGUCUUCACACAACUAUCUCGCGGUGCCUCCUCCGCCUCCCCCAGCGAACGCGCAAGGAUACGGGCAGCCGAUCUCCCCAGGCCGUGCCUCUGCCGUGCGACCGGGCAUUAUCACGCAAGGCGUUGCUUUUGCGCAGACCCAUGGCAAUCUGCACACUCCGGCGAGCGCGACCUCUUCAAGCCCGUUUACCCCGUUCGCGAACAACUUGUCGUCCCCGUAUGCGCCCUCGUCUGUAGGUAGCUCGCCGAUGGCUGCCCCGUACAACCCGCAGCAAUGGAGAGGCAACGGGAGGACUGGCGUGCAGUAUGCGCCCCAGCAGACGCAAAUGGCUAUCAAUCCAGUGCGGCAACAGGAUCUGUCGGGACAUGAGGAGGCCAUGCCGUCUCCUCCACCGCCGUACACGCCGGCCCGCGCCCCGAGCCAGAACAUCUCGCAAGCCUUGAGUUCGUCGCCAGGCCAUGCGUUCCCCCAGGGCCACCAUCCUCCUCCGCCAAUACCACAGACCGGUACGCCUUCGUCGGCGCGCGCAGCUCGAAGCUUCCACAACCGUCCUGUCUCGAUAGCCAUACCCUCGGGCUCUGCCGCAGCCCCGGGGAACACUCUGUUUGCGCCUCCACCAGUCGCACCUAGCAGGGAAAGGUCUUCGUCCCGGGGCCUGUCUACCAAGUUCAGUCUGUCGAACUUUCGCAACAGGAACGUUGACCACAGUCCUGCCCCGUCUGCUAUCGAAUCGCUGCACUCGAGCACGCACGAUGCGCUGCAGCGAGGCGACCCUGGGUCGUCGUCACAACGCAACUUCGCUCAGUACACACCCAGUCCACUCGACCGACGGUAUAUUCCUGACUCGCAAUCUCCCUUGCGACCACCGAAUGCACGCAGAGCAGCCUCGGCUGGCGUCCUCGGCCAUGGGACGGAAACGCGAACGCCUGUUGAUGAGAUACCGCCCAAUCUCCAAGCGAGCUGGGGACCAGGCAUGCCGUUGCCGCCACCGCCGCCAGGUCCCCCACCGACAGGCUCGAGGUCACAAAGCGUUGGGCCUGGAUAUGACUCGGACCGCCAGGCAGGUUAUCCCUCGGCUCCGCCGACACGCCGACCUGGUCAGACACCCCUUGGACCUAUUCCACCAACACCUAUGGGAUGGGAGGAAGAGUCAACCACAGUCACGGCAUCAGUCCCUCCCCCUCCUCCGGCUCCUGCAAGAUCACCAGCAGCUCACGGUCUGCAUGUCAAUACCAGCUUACAACGUCGCGAGUAUGUUGCAUCGCCUCCGGAAGCAGAGAGUGAGUCGACAGUAUCCGGGCCAUCGAUGACUUCACACUCUGGGUCAGGUAGCACGCUCUCAAGACCCAGACGUGAAGGCAGCGCUCGAGGGAGCAUUCGUGAACGCAGGGAAGAGAGCCGUGCUGCACGUGAGCGCCGCGCGGAGCCGAACAACAAUCCUUGGGCACACGACCUUGAGGUGUCUACAACGAGAGCAAAUGUUGAUUUGGCCUCGCCUGAAAGUGGACUAUCGCGGAGAGGUGCAAUCACGAGAAACACCCCACGAAGUGGAGGAGCGUUGCGAUCACCACGAAGCGCACAUUUGUACGAAGAUCCUGGGUCCGCCAGCUCCACACCGCGACUACUUGCCGGCCAACGGAAUGUGUCUGGCGCCGCACCCACGCCUCCUUUCUCGCCAGGUACGGAACACCUAUCUCAGAAACUCCCAGCAGCCUUUCCUGCCAAAGCUCUUCCCACACCUCCUCCACAUUCUGCUGAAGAUGGGAGAGGUCUGACAACUCCAUCAGGGGUCGCAAAUCGCUCGGUAUCGCAAACGUCACUGCACUCUGUCUUGACACCGCAUGACGCGUCGCUCCAAACUCCUAGACCAACAGAUCGAGAUGUGUUCGCCCAAGCGUCAAUCGAGCGACACCGUGCCUUCAUUGAGAAGGAGAUGCAUGCUGAAGAUGAUGAAGAACGACUUGAGCUCUUUGCUGAGUUCAUUGUUGCUGAAUCAAGAUUUCGACGAGAUCGCUACUCGAGCGCCUUCGACGCGAUUGGCGCAGGCGAAGUCAUGGACCUCACUAGGGAUCUGUGGCGUUCGAACAAAACAUCGGGGCGGAGAGCUGUCACUCCAAGUGCUCAAGUUACUCCUUCCUACGCAAGGAGCAUACAUCCUGGAUCCGUGUCGGGCGAGUCACCAGACACAAGGCCUUCUGACUCUAUGCCCACAACUGCUGCAAGCCCAGCAUCCUCCCUAGGCCAGUUCACACCGCACACCGAGCCCGCAUCGCCUUCCAGUGCAUCAAGCCAGCGUGCUCGUGAUGCUGCCUGGAAUAACAAUUUCCAUCCUUCGCUCUCACCGAUCCCCAGUAUGGCAAUGAGCACCAUCCCAGACGAAGAAGACUCGAGAGGACGGUCUGCAAGCCGAUGGUGGGAGAGCGAUGAUGGAUCACAGGGUAUUGGCGACAGGCGGCUAGAAAGAAGCAAACGCGAGUCGAAGUACAUGGGAUUGGUGAUGGAGACACAGGAGAGUUUCCACCAGGAUGGCCAGAACCAGCCCACACCAAAGCACUACCGAGCAAGCUCAAGUAGCAGACCUGCUGUUUAUAGGCCAGAUGAGUACCCGCCGGAGAAGGUUGGACUUCACGACGGCAAAGGAAAGCAGCCCGCGUCGUUCGAUUAUUUCCCUACACCGACUCCUCCAGCUAUCGAUCCGCACAAGCUCGAUGUGUCCAGGCUUGUUACAUUGCCGCCAUCAUACCCGCGUCAUCACCCUGCUGUCAAUAACAAUCACCCUGAUCUAGCCUCCAUCCGUAGUAGCCUACGGACGUUGACCAAUCUCAGUGAAUUGAAAACCACGAAGACCAACUUCGAAACGAAGACAGAAGCACGGAAGGAGUCUGAAAACGCGUCGCUGAACGACAGGCGAGCACACGUUAGAUACAACAUCCAAGAAAAUCUUCGAAACGGUCAGAUGACCUUCCAGGAUGCGGCGAAAGCUGACGCUGAUUUCGAAGCUCGAGAGCACCAGCGUGCACAGGACGUAGUUCAGAGUAUCUUCGACACCUUCCAAGCUGAAGUCGCGAACGUACUCCAUGCUAUGCUCUGCGAACGAGUCACCAAAGUGACAGCAUCGAUCGAACAUCUCAAGGGCCGAUUGUCCGAUGAGGCGCAGGAGCUGAAUCCCAACCAGACGCAAGAAGAGGGUGACGAGAAGCCAGAACUACUAGAGAUGCUUACGUUACUGAAAUGGCUGUUCGAGCUCCGCGAAGCGCUCCACAAGGAGCUCUUCGAACUCGAGAACGAGCGCAACGACCUCUACCGAGACAUAAUCGUUCUGCCCUACGUUCAAGCUAAGAAUGACCAGAAGGUCCAGGAAGCAACCGAUUUCUUCCGCCGCGAUGCGCAGGACCGCAAGGUCAGCGCUGAAAAGGAGAUUCUCAAGCGCUACGAAGAGUUUCUUGAUGUCAUCGAGCGCAAUGUAACACGUGGAGUUGAGACACAGCUCUCAGCCUUUUGGGACAUCGCGCCUGGCCUAUUGGCAAUUGUGCAGAAGGUGCCGCACCAACUUGACGGGUUUGGUGUUCUGAUCCCGGCGCAGGAGUACAGUGAGAACCCAGCGUACUACGACUUUCCGCUUCAGUACCUCUACACUCUCCUCGCGCACGCGGGUCGCUCUGCGUAUCAGUUCAUUGAGUCACAGAUCAAUUUGCUUUGUCUGCUGCACGAGGUCAAGACAGCUGUUAUGACCACAGGCUCGCGGCUCCUCGAGACGCAGAGGCUGCUGGAAGGCGAGGAUCUCGCCAGCGUCGACGCUGAGAUGAAAGCCAUCCGUGCCGAUGAAGAGCAGAGGCUGACCGAUGACCUCAAGGAGAAGGUCGCCCUUGUAGAGAGCCAGUGGGAUGAAGCUCUGGGGCAGGGACUGAAGCAGUGCAAGACAAAGGUUGUCGAUUUUCUCACUGAGCAAGGGGGCUGGGACGAUAGUUUGAGCGAGUGAGUGCGCCACAGCGCUUUCGUUCGUUGGGUUCUUUAUUGGAUUUGAGCACAGAUACCCAUCAUUUUCUGUUGUUUGUAAAGUUUGGGAAACGAUGCGUUUGCGUGGUAUCGAGUUACAUUGCUGUCUGAUUGCUAUCCUCUGUGACCAAGAACCCCACACCUCCACAUCACAAGUGAAUGUACGGUUGGUGCUGCAGGUUUUUAGGACUCCCUGUGCAGAACAUGUU